UUUAUAACUGGCGCGAUGAACCAAGGGCAGACUACCCACUUUUCACUUCCUUUUCCGGUUUGCCCAUCAACAAUCGUCAUGGGUAUCAAGUAUAAUAUGGCCAUUGGCCUGAAUAAAGGCCAUAGAACCAUUCCUCUGAAAGCUGGCAGGAAAAAUAGACCCACAAGAAGGAGAGGGGCUUUAACUAAGCAUGCAAGAUUUGUCAGAGACUUAGUGAGAGAAAUCACAGGAUUUGCUCCUUACGAAAGACGCAUGCAGGAGUUGUUGAGAAUUCAGAAAGACAAAAGAGCACUCAAAUUUGCCAAGAGAAGGCUUGGAUCACACAUUAGGGCCAAGAGGAAGAGGGAAGAAAUGCAGGCAGUAUUGCAGAAGAUGAGAAAGGCACAGAAAGAACAGAAAUAAACUUACUUCUCUCUUUA